AUGUUUGGCCUCGGUUCGGACUCAGAGUACGCGGUCGGGAUUUGUCCGAUGGAAAAUAUCGCCAGGAACGAACAUUUUAAAUGCUGUCAGAUAUUUUCCGUAACCAACCAAUGUGGGUGGGGUUCGCUCAUUCGUGGGAACGCGACCUUUAGUCGCAGAUUCAUUAAAAACUUCUCGUUGAUCGCGAAACCUCUAACAGAUUUAACGGGGAAGAACGCGAAAUUCGUGUGGGGUCCGGAACAGCAGGAGGCUUUUGAUAUUUUAAAGCAACGGUUGUUCGAGAAGCCAGUACUCGCCAUAUAUAGGCUAGGGGCUGAAACCGAGGUGCACACGGAUGCAAUUCAGAUAGGGAUGGGAACGGUGUUACUACCGAGACAGGAGGAUCACAAACUACAUCCCGUGUGUUGCUUUAAUCGAAAGACUAGCGAAGACGAGUCGAAGUGUCACUCGUACGAGCUCGAGGCACUAGCUAUCGUGUGCGCACUAGAGAGAUUCCGCGUUUAUUUAUUUGGAAUAAUUUUUAUUAUUCGAACCGACUGCAAUAGCCUCAAGCUGCUUGAAUCUAAACGGGACCUAGGGGUAAGCAAUGUCGUGGCCGACGGGCCAAGUCGAAAUCCUGCGAAACCGGCUGAAGAACUAGGGUUGGUGGGUUUACCAGCAGUGGGUUUACGGAUUACGACGGAUUGGGUGGCCGCGAUGCAAAGGGCAAGUGCAGAAAUCAUGCAAAUUCGAGAUAGAUUAGAGGAGGGAGUUCAAGAAACCCAUGAACGAUUCACGACGUGUAAUGCGCAAGUCUAUCGCAAAAAGAAGGGACGUUUUCUCUUGUAUGUGCUUGUCGAUUUGCGAAACGAAUUGGUCGCUGAAGCACAUCGUGGACUGGCUCAUUUGGGCGUGGACAAAACCCUCGGGAAGGCACCUAGCGGCAGAAAACCGGGAUAUUUGCAUCCAUUGGAACAGGGGAUUAUCCCCUUUCAAAGCGUUGACGUUGAUCACCCGGGGCUGUAUGUUGUUUCAGAACGCGGGAAUAAAUACGCGUGCGAAAUAGUCUGUGGGCACAGCAAAUACACGGUCCUGAAAGCUGUGAAAGACCAGUCGGCCGUGAAAGUUGUAGAGAUGCUCAAAGAAUUUAUUGCCCAUUACGGGAAACCGGAUCGAAUAAUUAGCGAUAGGGGUACCGCGUUUACUGCAGCGGAGUUCGAGAAAUGUUGUGAAAAAUAUGAAAUUCAACACAUGAAAAUUGCGUCGAAAAUUGCUAAUGGUCAGGUAGAGCGAACAAAUCGAGUACUCACGACUUGUCUCGCUAGUGUCACGGAGGAUGACGAAAAUCGCGAAUGGGACGACAAAUUAUGGGACGUGCAAUGGGCGAUUAAUAAUGGCGAGCACAAAGUAACCAUGCGAACUCCCUACAAAGUGGUUUUUAAAAAUCGAACACCGCGUCUUCUCGAGAAGCCACUAACGCGUGAAAUAAUUACAUUAAUUCGCGAAAAAGCAGUCGAGGAACCGAAGGACGUCGUGGAAUUACUGGCAGCAAACGCCGUAACAAUGAAAGAACGGUUUGAUAAAAAGCGCAAAGCACCGCGAGAAUACGAAGUCGGGGACUUACUAAUGAUUUUGAGCGAUUCCCCAUCCACAGGGGAAAGUCGAAAAUUAGCACCCAAGAAAAGGAGGCCCUAUCAAAUUAUAAAAGUGUUGCGAAACGACCGAUAUGCGAUGGAGAAUAUCGAAGGCGAAAAACAAAGUAACAAACGUUAUCAAGGCGUAAUUUCAGUGGUUCGUCUUGAUUCAGUUCCGAAACAAGCAUCGUAA